ACGAUGGCACUCUGCAAUUGAUUACUGGCACCUUUCUGGCUCCCCUGAAAACAUGGCGGCGCCCACUGUCGAAACGCAAGUCGUUCCAGCUAAAAAACGAACCGUACGAGGACCACGGCGGGUGGCCAAUCAAAUUCCUGAUGAAAUCCUGGAAGACCCAGAGUUACAGGAGGCUAUCCACGCUCUGCCUGCAAAUUACAACUUUGAGAUCCACAAGACAGUCUGGCGGGUGAGACAGGCCAUGUCUAAGAGAGUGGCCCUGCAGCUACCGGAGGGCCUGCAGAUGUUUGCCUGUGUCAUCGCUGACAUCAUCGAGAGGUUCACAGAGGCAGACACCAUUGUGAUGGGUGAUGUGACGUACGGAGCCUGCUGCGUGGACGACUUCACGGCCCGCGCCUUGGGGGCCGACUUCAUGGUGCACUACGGCCACAGCUGCCUCAUCCCUAUAGACUCCACAGCAGGCAUUAAGAUGCUGUAUGUGUUUGUGGAUAUCCAGAUGGACAACGCACACUUUCUGGACACGGUCAAGUUCAACUUCCCCCCUGGACACUCUCUGGCACUCGUCAGCACUAUCCAGUUUGUGGCUGCACUGCAGGCGGUGAGUGCAGCUCUGAGGCCAGAGUAUGAGGUGGUGGUUCCCCAGUGUCGACCCCUGUCCCCUGGAGAGAUCCUAGGGUGCACCUCCCCCCGCCUCGACCGAAACGUCAACUCCAUCAUCUACCUGGGAGAUGGCAGGUUCCAUCUGGAGUCGAUCAUGAUUGCAAACCCAGAGAUACCUGCCUACAGGUACGACCCGUACAGUAAGAUAUUUUCCAGGGAGUACUAUGACCAUGAAGCCAUGCGGUCCAUCCGGCUCCAGGCCAUCGACAAAGCUCGCUCUGCCCAGAGAUGGGGCCUGAUCCUGGGCACGCUGGGCCGGCAGGGCAACCCUAAGGUCAUGGAGCACCUGGAAUCCAAGCUUGAGUCUCUUGGCAAGUCCUUCACUCGAGUGCUGCUGUCUGAGAUUUUCCCCAGCAAGCUGGACCUGAUGGCAGAUGUGGAUGCGUGGGUCCAGAUCGCUUGCCCGCGUCUCUCCAUUGAUUGGGGCAAAGCCUUCUCCAAACCCCUGCUGUCUCCCUAUGAGGCAGCUGUGGCUCUGCAGCAGGUGGGCUGGCAGGAGGUGUACCCCAUGGAUUUCUACUCCAAUCAGAGCCUGGGGCCAUGGGCGCCCAACCACCCCGACAACCAACCAGCUCGGCCCGCCCGCAAACAGACACAGAAGACUGGCUCACAGCCAGCCCCUCUCUCCGCUCCCUCACAGCAGUCUAAACAGUGUGGACAGAACCAGUGCGCUCCUUGUGGCUGUCAGGGAGAAUGACACGUACACCACCAUCUUAUCAUGGUGAUCGGUUGGAGCCAGGCCAGCCUAGAGGGGAGUGAGUCUAUCUACCACCCACAGGAGGGCUUUCACUCUGAGCCCUGCUCAACACCUCACCUCCUCCAGGAGACAGAGAACCAGAGACACUUCACCUCAGAUACCCCUCCGUUGUUGUCCUGACGGAAUGGACUAUACUGCAUCUAAGGGUUGUUACCUUUUAAAGUGUGUAUGUGUUGAGCACAGAGAAACUGAGGCAAUGUAUGUCUGUGUAUGAAGAGGGUGAAUAAGUGCAGGAAUGUGGGCGUGCAUUCAUGUAUAUUUGUCUGUGAAAGAGAGAGGGAGGAGAAUGAUAUAAUAAGUUGGUGUGUGGGGGUAAUAAAGAGAGAGGAAUACAGAAGGAUGGCCCUGAGUUGAUUGUGUUAGAUGCCAGGGGAUGUGGGUGGCUUUGGUUAAAUACAAGCCACUUAUCCCUGAAACAGAAGGAAGCUGCCAACCACUUUACACUGUUAACCCACAGACUAUAUUAAAGAAGAGAAUGCAUUUGGUCAAAAGAUGAGACAUGCUGUUUUUCUCCAUUUCAAGCUUCUUUUCUUUCUAUUAUAUUAUACAGUACCAGUCAAAAGUUUGGACACACCUACUCAUUCAAGGGUUUUUCUUUUUGUACUAUUUUCUACAUUAUACAAUAAUAGUGAAGACAUCAAAACUAUGAAAUAACACAUAUGGAAUCAUGUAGUAACCAAAAAAGAGUUUAAAAAAUCUAAAUAUAUUUUGUAUUUGAGAUUCUUUAAAGUAGCCACCCUUUGCCUUGAUGACAGCUUUGCACACUCUUGGCAUUCUCUCAACCAGCUUCAUGCGUCAUGAGGUAGUCACCAGGAAUGCAUUUCAAUUGUGCCGUGUUAAACGUUCAUUUGUGAAAUUUCUUUCCUUCUUAAUGUGUUUCAGACGAUCAGUUGUGUUGUGACAAGUUAGGGGUGGUAUACAGAAGAUAGCCCUAUUUGGUAAAAGACCAAGUCCAUAUUAUGGCAAGAACAGCUCAAAUAAGGAAAUGAAAACGACAGCAUCAUUACUUUGAGGCAUGAAGGUCAGUUUCUUCAAGUGCAGUCGCUAUAACCAUCAAGCGCUAUGAUGAAACUGCAAGCGCUAUGAUGAAACUGGUUCUCAUGUGGACUACCACUGGAAGGAAGACCCAGAGUUACCUCUGUUGCAGAGGAUAAGUUCAUUAGAGUUACCAGCCUCAGAAAUUGCAACCCAAAUAAAUGCUUCACAGAGUUCAAGUAACAGACACAUCUCAACAUCAACUGUUCAGAGGAGACUGUGUGAAUCAGGCCUUCAUGGUCAAAUUGCUGUAAAGAAACCAAUACUAAAGGACACCAAUAAUAAGAAGAGACUUGCUUGGGCCAGAAACACAAGCAAUGGACAUUAGAUAGGUGGAAAUCUAGCCUUUGGUCUGAUGAGUCCAAAUUUGAGAUUUUUGUUUCCAACCGCUGUGUCUUUGUGAGACUCAGAGAAGGAGAACGGAUGAUCUCCGCAUGUAUGGUUCCCACCGUGAACCAUGGAGGUGUGAUGGUGUGGAGGUGCUUCGCUGGUGACACUGAUUUAUUUAGAAUUCAAGGCACACUUAACCAGCAUGGCUACCACAGCAUUCUGCAGCGAUACGCCAUCCCAUCUGGUUUACGCUUAGUGGGACUAUCAUUUGUUUUUCAACAGGACAAUGACCCAAAACACACCUCUAGGCUGGGUAAGGGGAGUGAUGGUGCUGCAUCAGAUGACCUGGCCUCCACAAUCACCCAACCUCAACCAAAUUGAGAUGGUUUGGGAAGAGUUGGACUACAGAGUGAAGGAAAAGCAGCCAACAAUUGCUCAGCAUAUGUGGGAACUCCUUCAAGACUGUUGGAAGAUUCCUCAUGAAUCUUUUUGAGAGAAUGCCAAGAGUGUGUAAAGCUGUCAAGGCAAAGGCUGGCUACUCAAAUAUUAAAUAUAUUUUGAUUUGUUGAAAACUUUUUGGGUUACUACAGUAUUCUGUAUGUGUUAUUUCAUAGUUUUGAUAUCUUCACUAUUAUUCUACAAUGUAGAAAAUAGUACACAUAUAGAAAAACCCUUGAAUAAGUAGGUGUCCAAACUUUUGACUGGUACUCUAUGUACAAUAAAUACUUUGUAACAACAAGAGAUUACAAAUUCAAUCGGUCAUUCAUGUUGAUUUCGCCACUCUCUUCAUACGGGUCUUGUCACUCCAAUGACUCAUAUUUAAAUCUGACUAAUAAUCAACAUUAAACUAUGCUGAAAUGACCAUUUA